GACCCGAAGAAGGAAGGACAGCGCAAGGCGAAGAAGGGGGACAUGUACGAAGCGCUGGUCAACGCGGUGGCAAAGUUGCGCCUCAGCGACGGCUGCGAGCUGGCGAACCUAGCAGGCGUGGUGUUUCAGACAUGGGAGCUAGAGGAAGAAGACAAGGGCGUCGCCCAGGUCAUGAUCGACGCAGGCACAAAGUACAACCUGUGGGCAGCGGUGCCCCUCCACCUCGUCAACUGCAUGGACGCGUUUCUCGAUGGCAGCGACGGGUGCAAAGGAAACGAGAAGAAGGUGCUCUAUCAGUACUUCCAGCAGCACAUCAAUGCGAAGACCCCGCAGCAGGUGGCCAAGCGUGCGCUGCGCUUCAGGCAUCGCAAGCACAAGCACGCGAUCAAGCAGGCUCGCGAGGAGGACAACGACGAGGCGCCGAAGGGCCGCCUGACGUUCGCGUUCUCGCACGACGAGCCAGGUCGCGAGGCGAGGUCGUUGCUGAUCCAGUUCCUGAACAGCGCGGAGGUAUCCAAGGUGGCGCAGCUCAUGGGGCCUGCCCCUCGUGGGCCCUUGGAGAGGGAGGCGGCGAGCCUCCUCGCCCUGAUCGACAAGGGCAAGAGCGAUUGA